UUCCAGAUGGAUGACGUCAUAGUCGUUGAUGUUCUGCCGGCCGACGCGCGGGCAGAACUUGAAUUCGCAGACAUCUUCGACCAUUUACCUCCGGACGUCGACGAAGAGUUCGAGCCGAUUCCACUGGGUGUUCCUGUGGCGGCAGAACGUUUGCCAAUGAGAGACCGUCCGGCAGGUGUUCAACACCCACUCCCGGACCAACACAACAUAGGUGCUUUGGACGCGGUUUGCCGAGAAUGCAACGCCCGUCACUUCCACUGCGAGCGCGCAGCUAGAGGUCACUUCUCCACGUGCUGUAACAACGGUCAAGUGACCGCCACAGGACAGCGCGUUCUGCUGCCAGCACCUGUGCGUUUAACUAAUUUGUUGAUUGAUGAUUCACAGGAAGGUACCAACUUUCGAAGGGAGACUCGCCGGUACAACAACUCACUGGCGUUCGCAGCGUUCUCCAGCGACCUCAACCCCAGACGGUUGCCGGGUCGGGGACCAAGCGUGUACACUGUCCACGGACAAGUGUACCGCAGGGUCAACAAUGACGUCGUCGGCAACGAACACAGGCCACCGAGCUACUGUGAGUUGUACUUUGUCAACUCCGCCGAGGCCAACCAGUCCCGAAUGCGACAACAGGAUGUCGCAGACCGUCUUUUGGCAGGUUUGCUUGCAGACCUGGACCAAAUGCUUCGGGAGAUCAACCCGUACGCUCAGGCUUUUAGGAACAUGAGCAGGUUGUGGUUGGAGGAACAAGAAAGAGCCAAUGCCAACCCUGAUUUGAUUGGACCGAGGUCGGUAAGUAUGCAUUUUGUUACAGAUGCAGCCAGGGACCAGCGACGAUACCAGCGACCGACCGCAAACGAAGUUGCGGCCGUGUUCGUUGGUGACGACGGACGACCACCGAGAGACCUAAAUCUGGUAAUUUUUGACAGGAAUCCCGUUGACCCCCGACAUCGGAUGCAAACCAUACCCGCGGGCUCAUGUCACGCAGAUCCCAUGUUGUACCCUCUGUUCUUCCCGCACGGGGAGAGCGGAUGGCACUUCAACGUGAUGCAAGAGGGUAACCGCAACAACCAAGUUCGCAGUCGGAACACUAUCCGGGAGUUUGUGUGUUAUCGUAUGGCAAUUCGAUAUACAGGAAACAACGAUACUGAUCACGGAGGCAUAAGUUUAAUACACGGUGGUGGUUUUUUAUUGCAGCAGUACGUGUGCGACCAGUAUGUUCGGAUGGAAUCGAACAAUCUCAACUACGCCCGUAGAAAUCAGCAAGCGCUCCUCGCUGACGCUUAUCAAGGGCUGGUGGACCACGUCAACCAACAGCAUCACUUGGACGAGGCCAACCCGAUGGCUGUCGGCCGUAGAGUCAUUCUACCGUCGACGUUCGUCGGGAGUCCACGUUACAUGAAAGGAUGUUAUCACGACGCGAUGACUAUUGUGCGUGGCCAGAAAUCACACAGAACGUCGGAAGAUGGUCUGUUCCAAACGACAGACCCGAUCUCAUAG